GCGGCGGCUCCGGGCUGGGCCAGCCAGGGGCGGCUCCUGGCGGCGGCGCGUCCGAGCGCUCGGUUCUACGGUUCCAGCCCGUGGUCUCCGUCCCAACGCCUGCGCCGCGAACUCGGCGUCCCGGCUCGGACCCCGGCGCCCAGCCCGUGGCCGUAACCUUGAGGCGGCGGCGGGGCCGGGCCGGGCCGGGCUGGGGGGCGGCGGCACUGGAUCCGAGGCCGGCCGGCCGCUGGCGGGAGAUGUCGAACCCCGGGACCCGUAGGAACGGCUCCAGCAUCAAGAUCCGUCUGACAGUAUUGUGUGCCAAGAACCUUGCAAAGAAAGACUUCUUCAGACUCCCCGACCCCUUUGCUAAGAUUGUUGUGGACGGCUCUGGGCAGUGCCACUCAACCGACACUGUGAAAAGCACCCUGGACCCCAAGUGGAACCAGCACUAUGACCUGUACGUUGGGAAAACCGACUCUAUAACCAUCAGCGUGUGGAACCACAAGAAGAUCCACAAGAAGCAGGGGGCUGGCUUCCUGGGCUGUGUGCGGCUGCUCUCCAAUGCCAUCAGCAGAUUGAAAGACACUGGCUACCAGCGUUUGGAUCUAUGCAAACUAAAUCCCUCAGAUACUGACGCAGUUCGUGGCCAAAUAGUGGUCAGUUUACAGACCCGAGACAGAAUAGGCGGUGGAGGGUCGGUGGUGGACUGCAGAGGGCUGCUGGAGAACGAAGGAACGGUGUAUGAAGACUCAGGCCCUGGAAGACCACUCAGCUGCCUCAUGGAGGAACCUGCCCCAUAUACAGAUGGUACUGGCGCAGCAGCAGGAGGCGGGAACUGCAGGUUUGUGGAGUCUCCAAGCCAAGAUCAGAGACUCCUGGUACAGCGACUCCGAAAUCCUGAGGUUCGAGGGCCCCUACAAACGCCCCAGAACCGACCACAUGGCCACCAGUCGCCGGAGCUGCCUGAAGGCUAUGAGCAAAGGACAACAGUGCAGGGACAAGUUUACUUUUUGCACACACAGACUGGAGUCAGCACAUGGCAUGACCCCAGGAUCCCCAGUCCCUUGGGGACCAUUCCGGGGGGAGAUGAAGCUUUUCUAUACGAAUUCCUUCUACAAGGCCAUACAUCCGAGCCCAGAGACCUUAACAGUGUGAACUGCGAUGAACUUGGGCCACUGCCUCCAGGCUGGGAAGUCAGAAGCACAGUGUCGGGAAGAAUCUAUUUUGUAGAUCACAAUAAUAGGACAACCCAGUUUACAGAUCCACGGCUUCACCACAUCAUGAAUCACCAGUGCCAACUCAAGGAGCCCAGCCAGCCGCUGCAGCUGCCCAGCGAGGGCUCCGUGGAGGACGAGGAGCUUCCUGCCCAGAGAUAUGAGAGGGACUUAGUCCAGAAGCUCAAAGUUCUCAGGCACGAGCUUUCUCUUCAGCAGCCCCAGGCUGGUCACUGUCGCAUAGAAGUCUCCAGAGAAGAGAUAUUUGAGGAGUCGUAUCGCCAGAUCAUGAAGAUGCGGCCAAAAGACCUGAAGAAGCGCCUGAUGGUGAAGUUCCGAGGGGAGGAAGGUUUGGACUAUGGUGGAGUGGCUCGGGAGUGGCUGUAUUUGUUGUGCCAUGAAAUGUUGAAUCCGUAUUAUGGACUCUUCCAGUAUUCCACGGACAAUAUUUAUACACUGCAAAUCAACCCAGAUUCUUCUAUCAACCCUGACCAUCUGUCUUACUUCCACUUUGUGGGUCGCAUCAUGGGUCUGGCUGUGUUCCACGGACACUACAUAAAUGGGGGUUUCACAGUUCCGUUCUACAAGCAGCUCCUGGGGAAACCCAUCCAGCUGUCGGACCUGGAGUCCGUGGACCCAGAACUGCACAAGAGCUUGGUGUGGAUUCUAGAGAAUGACAUCACGCCUGUGCUGGAUCAUACCUUCUGCGUGGAGCACAAUGCUUUCGGGCGGAUUCUUCAGCAUGAACUGAAACCCAAUGGCAGAAAUGUGCCUGUCACUGAGGAGAACAAGAAGGAAUACGUCCGGCUGUAUGUGAACUGGAGGUUUAUGAGAGGAAUCGAAGCCCAGUUCUUAGCGCUUCAGAAGGGGUUUAACGAACUCAUUCCCCAGCACUUGCUGAAGCCCUUUGACCAAAAGGAACUAGAGCUGAUAAUAGGCGGGCUGGAUAAGAUAGACCUGAACGACUGGAAGUCCAACACCCGGCUGAAGCACUGUGUGGCAGACAGCAACAUCGUCAGGUGGUUCUGGCAGGCGGUGGAGACCUUCGAUGAGGAGAGGAGAGCCAGACUCCUGCAGUUUGUGACAGGAUCCACAAGGGUUCCUCUCCAAGGCUUCAAGGCUCUGCAAGGCUCUACAGGCGCGGCAGGGCCCCGGCUGUUCACCAUUCACCUGAUAGAUGCCAAUACAGACAACCUACCCAAGGCCCAUACCUGCUUUAAUCGGAUCGACAUCCCACCCUAUGAGUCCUAUGAGAAGCUCUAUGAGAAGCUGCUGACAGCGGUGGAGGAGACCUGUGGCUUUGCUGUGGAGUGAAGAGCAGCCAGUGGCCACAGAGUCUUGCUCACAACCACCAGACCCAAAGCAUAUGGCGUCUGCACGCCUCCCGCGUGGCGGGCUGAGGCCUGAGAUUCCAGAAACCGAGGGAAAAGGCUCGUCUCCCUCCUCCUUUGGAGAGGGCAGGCCAGGGGACUUUCAUAGGUGGCUCCCACCCAUUUAUUCUCCUUUAUUAUAGUUUGCCCACCCCUCCAUCACCCAUCCAAUAAAACGCAGCCAGGUUUCGCCCUCAGCCUCCUUGGCAUGGUGGGAAGGCUGUGGUGUCUCCGGGAGCAUCGACCCAUGGUCAGGAGCAAGCUGGGCCGCUGAGGGUUUGCGCGCUCUCUGUACUAGCUCUCCCCUCUGACUGUAGCCUCAAAGCCCCCUUUCAAGUUCAGCAGCGGCCGACAGCUUACUGAGCUCCAAUUCCAGAGGCGUCUCCGUCACAGGCUCACAGCCUGUUCAGGUAGCAGGUGGAUUUCUAAGCAGCAGAUAGGUGAAUGCACAGUGUAUGCUUGCUGGGACUCCACCAUGGUAGCACACUCGAGGCAAGAUGUGUUUUCCCCUUUGAGAGGUAAAGGGACUGCAGCAGCCUUCACUGGAAGCCCGGGUACUUCUUUUCACAGUAUCCUGGCUAAAAAAUAAGGUUUUGCACAGGGGAAAAAAAAACUUUAAAAGUACAAUUUGUUGUGUUCUCUACCCAGUUUGAAAUGAUCACGUCAUGGAGCUAAGCAAAGAAUAACCAAAACCAGCCUCAGACUUCCGGGGUCCAGCUCUGCUCCUGUGCCUGGGCACCCGGAGGCUCCUGGCUGUCUUGAAAUGGACUUUUAUAUGGGGCUUGCUAAGAGCUAAACUAACAGAACAGUCUUGCAGCACAGCCACUGGAUGGGACAGCAGGAGAGGCCACUGGCCUGGGGCCCCCUGAUGCAGCUCCCCAGGGUUGGUGCUGUGCACAGAGCAGGGUGGGGGUGGGGCUUUACCUCCCUACGUGGCCCUCAUCCCCAGUGGCAACGUGAUGCUAACGGUUCUCCUCAGCUUGCUUGCUCCGUCCUUGUCUUCUGAGGAGCAAGGCCAAAGCCAGCAUCUCUAACGCAUCUCUAACACCACGUCCAAGUUGCACAGGCUUCACAGCGCUGACUCUCACAGCAGAGCGGCAGCCAGGCCUCUGUUUGUGGUUUUGUUUUUGUUUGUGUGGGGGCGAGAACAGGGUAAUUCAUUAGCAAGACAUUUCACUGGUACCGGGUUCAGGUUGUCUGGGGAAUGAUGGGGAGGUCCUGCAGGGCCACCAGCUUUUGUGUUCUUUCUGUUGCUUACCCUCAGGCUGGGGUAGGGAAAUGUCUUCCCUUCUGUACCUGCUGCUUCUGUCCAGUGUGGUCUGGAAGCAGGGCUGAGGUGAUGGGGGAGUGGAUUCACAGGUCACAUAUGCCCCUUAACCCAAGAGGUUUGUCCAGCAUAGCCACUGGCACAACAGCAUGAGUCAGCUGCACUCUGGGUUGCCAGGUCUGGGGACAGAAAGGAUGCCAGGGAGACCUCAUCGCACAAGGACAGACCCUGCCCCACCUCCCAGGCCAGACUGGGGCCUUACUAGUCUCUCAAUUCUGCCUUGCCCCAGUAGGGCUUCUGUACUUCAUCUACCUUCAUGCUUCCGAGGGUGUUCUAAAACCCAGCUCCCUCGUGACUCUCGGAUUCAAAAGGCGCAAGGAAGCCUGUGCCCUAAGUCUCAGCCAGUCCGCAGGAAGCAGCCAGACCCCACAGAGUGACACUCUUCUAGAGACUGGGCACACUGCCUGUUGCCUUUGCACACUGGCCCAAUCUGCAAGGUCCUGUGCUCUGGGGAUGUGCUGCAGGAAUGUCAAGUCACACUGUUUGUGCCACGGGAGUGAUUGGGGGACAAGCCUUAGGAGUCCCGUGUCAGAUGCCCUCUGAGGAAGAUCCAGAGCUUGGGCCCUCAGGGGCUGACUGGUUGGCACACAUACCACCCACUGAGGCUUCUACCAGCCGAUGUGCCUGCGUUGCCUGUGGGUCCCCUCAUUGCCAGUACUGAGUGUCACAACCUCCCAGGUCUGUUCGUGUGCAGCACUGUCCUCUGUUGGUAGCGCUGCACUUCCUUGUCUGUCUACCAUGGUUAGGCCCUUCUGACACCCCUCAAAGGACACUGCGUGGCCAGCCCACGGCACAGCUCCUGGUUGCCCUGCUUGGGUCUGGGUGAAGCCCUUUCAUGUAAGAUCUCGAUCGUCAGCCCUCCUGGUGGCCCCACAUCACCAGAUGCUUCAGGAGCCCGGCUCCCCAGGCCCCCCCUCACCAGCGGCCGGCAGCCACACUCAGGGACGCAGCAAACACCACUCUGCUCCGCAGUGCUUCAGAGAGGACGCGCCAGGCUGCAGCAAUGGUGUGGCAGUAGGUCGCAGUCUCGUGCUUAGGAGAAUCUGCCACAAGGUAGGAUGCUGAUCCUGCACUGGCCACACGGUCAGGUUCAGGUCAGGUGGAUGCUGGACUGAUCUGCAGAGAACAUGCCCCACCCUCCUGCAGCCUGGGGGGGCCACAUGGCAACCUUCUGAACGAUGUGGAUUUUUAAACUGUGUGUAUAAUGUAUUCUAAUUUAUUUUGUAAGGUCCUGUUUGAAGUGCUGCUGCUACCCCUAGUUGCUCUCCCAGUUUUUAUUGCCCAUUUUCCUGUGACAGUUGUACACUAAUGUUCUGUUUUAUGUCAGAAUCGAAAGUAUUUAAAGAAACGCUAGUUCUAUUUAAUGCAGUUGUGGAACCAGCUGGAAACACAAAACGUUGACUGUAGAGCAGGCUGGACCCGGGAGGUCAGGUUCAUUUUGUUACAUAUGCAAUAAACUCACAACUUUACAUUU